AUGCGUCCUUUCCGCCGUAUUGUGGCAUUCGCAAUCGGCAGCAUUGCAGCAGCUGAAACAUCUCAGUUGGUUCUCUCACAUACACAGGUGUCCUCUCGGACCCGAGCGCUCGAGACGAGCGCUGACCUUUGCGAUGGCGUGCAAGGAUUCUCAGGUUAUGUGGACACAGUCGAUGAUCGACAUAUUUAUUACUGGGCGUUUCCCAGUGCAAAUGAACCUAGCACGGACCCUGUGAUUCUUUGGUUGUCUGGAGGCCCCGGUGCAUCCAGCGUGACCUUUGGAGCGCUCUCUGAGCUGGGUGCCUGCAUCUACGACUCAACGGCUGGGAAACCAAAGGCGAACCCAUACAGCUGGCAUACGAAUGCAACCGUCAUUUUUGUAGAUCAGCCAGUGAAUGUCGGAUACUCAUAUUCACCUCACCAUGUGAGCACCCUCAACCAAUCCACCGCCGAUCUCUACGCCUUCAUCGCAAAUUUCAUGCACGACCUUCCGCAGUACAGCCACCAGCCCUUUUAUGUAGCCGGCGAGUCCUACGGCGGAAGCUACGUGCCAGGGAUCGCCAACAAGAUCCAUGAGAAAAAUAAGGAAAUUUCAGCGCAAGCACCGCGCGCAGGGGCAGCUGGCCAGAUGAUAAACCUGCAGGGAGUACUCAUCGGCAACGGCCUCUUUCAAACAGCCGUGCAGCGUCCCGGGUUCGUUGAUCUAGGCUGUACGCCUGGAAUUGUUGGCCCCAUGCCCCUAUUGAAUGACACUCUUUGUCAAGAAAUGCGCGACAGCUGGCCCCGUUGCAAGGCAUUGAUGGCACGGUGCGCGCUGGGCCACUACAAGGACCGCGACAUAUGCCGCGAAUCCGAUGAGUACUGCGUUGCUCAUUUCGCUAGCAUGAUCAAUCGCAUUGGCCGUAAUCCGUACGAUAUCCGGGAGCGAUGCGUGCCCGAGAGCGAUGGGGGUGAGAUGUGUAUGCAUCCAACCACGUUAUUCUCGUGGCUCGACCGGGCCGACGUUCGUGCGGGGUUGAACGUCGACGCCGGUGUUGUAUACCGGCAUCUCAGCUAUGAAAUGGAGGAGCCUUUGCGGCAAAUGGGGAAAUUGGAUAUCCGUCCGACUUUCUGGUUGAGGUGGGAGGGUACGGGCGCAUUCAGAAAACUACCUUUUGAGAAGCUGUAUCUGGCUGCCGGGAACGAGCACGGGCAAUCGUGGGGAUACCACAAGCGAUACCGUCAGCUGAGCUUUUUUGAAAUAGCUGGGGCAGGCCAUAUGGCUCCUGCUGACAAGCCUGCUGAGACCUUGGAGAUGGUUCAGCGUUGGAUGGCUGGGGAGCUCUAG